AUGCUCACCUUCGAUGGACUUGUCCAAGACAUCAUCCAGAGGCGAGGCAGGCUCGGCACGAAGGAGGGCAGUGACUCUGCACGGGACUACCAGGAGGCCUGGGCAGCCUAUGCAGCCUAUGUUAGGUCAUGCCUGGAGCAGAGGCGAGGACUCCAGCUUAGCAGCUUUUGCAAGCUCGGCUGGUCUCUGCAAAAGAAGCUAGGCAAGACGACGUAUAGGCCGCAUGUCCAGUUCUCUGACUCGUUCAUCCGCGCCUACCUGUCUGAAUCUCGCAAGACCCCAGCGCCUGAGCUUUGCGCGUUCGAGGACUUCAACUUUAGCAAGGCUGCUUUGAAGUUCUCCAACCUCACCAAGGACCAGGUCUUUACCAUGCUCCGGGCACUGGUGCAGCGCAUUGGUGAGAGCGCUGCAGAUGGUAGGGAGCUCGACUUGGCAUUUGGCGAUGUGGGGAGGUUCGUGUGCAAAGAUCGGGAUCUUCGUUUCCUUUUCGCCCAGGAGUUCUACAGACAGGAGGGACUUACCCCGCCUUCGCGCGGAGGCACUUCCAGAGCCACCCCGAGCUUCCAGAAGGAGCCGUCCCCAGAGGCUGCGAGCCUGGGCGUGAUGCCUGGAGGAAGAACGGGAGCAGAUGAGCAGCCGACAAUGGUUCUGCCGGAUGUGCAGGGCUUCGACGGCGGUACCCAGAGAGCCAUGCCCAGCGUUGGCGCAGAGCCGCUGCAAAAGUCGGAGAGUGCUCCGGGGCUGACGGGAACGCAGUUCAAGAAAGAAAUCGCCUUCAAAGAGGCAAUGGACAGGCACAUUGCGGCCAUGGAGGCGCAUGCUGUCGAGGCAGUGGCGGAGAAGGAGGCGUGGGACAGCCAUGUCAGCGAGUGCUUGCUGCAAGAGCGGGACGAGAUCCAGGCACGCAAAGAAAGGAACCAUAUGAACCUGCAGUUCCUGAAGCACCAAAUGGCGCUGGGAGAGCACAAACGAAAAGAGCAGAGGAAAGAAGAUAUUGAAGCGGCGUCUGCGCAUGACUUUCCAGCUUUCUCGGAAGUGCAUCCGAACGAGAUGAAGGACUUCAUCAAAGGGCAGCAGGCGAAGGUCCGGCAAGCUCUAGACGAGCAAGUCAGAACAAACAACACUCUCCGCAACCUGGCCAAGCAAAAAGACCUCUCUCUGGAGCUAAAUCAGCUCCAGGCCAACCGCGAGGAGCUGGCCAUGCUGCGUGAUGCAGAGCGCGCCAAGAAGGCGUACGACAAAGAAGCCUUGGCAACAGCAUGGAAUGCCGAUAUUCGCAUGAAGAACAUCUGGAAGGCCAUCGACAACCACAGCAAAGUUGCCCCGAAGACACCGGCUCAGGUGUCGCUCAACGAAGGGUUGCCAGCUUCCCGGGCCGGCUCGACGGUUUCUGCUGGCCGUCUUAUGACAGGUUCGCAGCGGCGAACCCCGCUAGGAUGCUCCACAUCCAUGAGCCAGCUGGAGGCCAGAGCUUCCAACGCCAAGGGCUUGUUUUGA